CGAGCGCGGCUGCCGGGAGAGCAACGCGGGCUGGCCCAUCCACUGGCGGGAGGAGCGGCCGUGAGGAGGCACCAUGAGCAAAGCGCACCCGCCGGAGCUGAAAAAAUUUAUGGACAAGAAGCUAUCAUUGAAAUUAAAUGGUGGCCGGCAUGUCCAGGGGAUAUUAAGAGGAUUCGACCCAUUCAUGAAUCUCGUAAUAGAUGAGUGUGUGGAAAUGGCACCGGGGGGACAACAGAACAACAUCGGGAUGGUGGUAAUACGAGGAAACAGCAUCAUUAUGCUAGAAGCCUUGGAACGAGUGUAAAUGAACCAGCGUCCUUCUACAGUGCAAACAUGUUUUUGUAUUCUUUUGGAUUCUACAUGAACUGUGCAUCGUUUACGUAUUUUUUGUAAUAAAUAGUUAAAAUUGAA